AUGGCGGCGGUCGGUCCGGCGGAGGACAAAUCCCCCCGUGAGACCCUGGUGGGAGAGGCCGUUUUGAAGGGCUCCCCGGCGCAGGAAGGCAGCGGGGAGGAAAAGGGCCGGAGAUCCCCCCGCAGGAGGGGCUCCAAAGCCAGCCCAGGGUGCUCUGAGGAGGAAAGAGCCAGCCUGUGCCGGGAAGGUGGCAGGAGCUUGAGCAGGAACUCCAAGGUCCUGGUCCCAAGGCAACAUCUCACUAGAAAGAAGCCCUUCAGGUGCUUGGAAUGUGGGAAGAGUUUCAGGAACAGCUUCCACCUGAUCCGGCACCAGCAGCUCCACACAGGGAAACGGCCCUACAUGUGUAGGGAAUGUGGGAAGAGCUUCAGAGACAACUCUGAUCUCCUCAGCCACCAGCGCAUCCACACUGGAGAACGGCCCUAUACGUGUGAGGAAUGUGGGAAGAGCUUCAGUGACAGCUCCAACCUCCGCACCCACCAGCACAUUCACACUGGGGAACAGCCCUACAAGUGUGGGGAAUGUGGGAAGAGCUUCAGGCAGAGCUCCACCCUCCGCUCCCACCAGCGCCUCCACACCGGGGAACGGCCCUACAAGUGCUUGGAAUGUGGGAAGAGGUUUAUGACCAGCUCCCAUCUCUACACGCAUGAGCAGACACACACGGAUGAGAGGCUCUUCCGCUGCACCGACUGUGGGAAGGGCUUCAACCAGAACUCUACUCUCGUCAGGCACCGGCGCAUCCACACCGGGGAGAGGCCCUACAAGUGUGGGGAGUGUGGGAAGAGCUUUGCCCAGAGCUCUACCUUGACCUCACACCAACGGACCCACCGCAGGGACUUCUUCUUCGCCGAGUUCCGAGGGACGUGAGGCGAACAGGAGGAGUUGGGAGAAGCAGCCGUCGGAGGUGGCGUGUCCCCC